UUGAGGCUGACUAGCCCUGAGCCUUAGGCCAGGGGAAUGGCAGCCCCCCCAGAGCCUCAGGACCAGGCCCCUGGGGAGGGAGAAGGGCUUCUGAUCGUGAAGGUAGAAGAUUCCUCCUGGGAGCAGGACUCAGCCCAGCAAGAGGACAGCAGGGAUUCAGAGGCCUGCCGCCAGCGCUUCCGGCAGUUCUGCUACGGCGAUGCAGGCGGGCCCCAUGAAGCCUUCAGCCAGCUCUGGGAGCUCUGCUGCCGCUGGCUGCGGCCCGAGCUGCACACCAAGGAGCAGAUCCUGGAGUUGCUGGUGCUGGAGCAGUUCCUGAACGUGCUGCCUGUGGGCGUCCAGAGCUGGGUUUGCGAACGCUGCCCUGGGAGUGGCGAGGAAGCUGUUGCCUUGGUGGAGGACCUGCAAAAACAGCCAGAAGCUUGGCCACAGGACGUGCCCUCAGAGGAGGCGGAACCUGUGGCUACAGUCCAGGGAUCCCAGGCCAAGGGACCUCCCCGGAAGGUAGGGGCACGGAGCCAGCCACCUGGACCCUGGGAGCAGCACAGCCAUGGUGCCCAACUACCUGCUCUUAAAAAGGGGAAUGCCAGAGAGACAGCAGAUACCUGCUUUGCCUCUGGGGGACCUGUGACAUUUGGAGACAUUCCCUUCUAUUUCUCCCGGGAAGAAUGGGGGUCCCUGGACCCUGCUCAGAGGGAUCUCUUCUGGGACAUAAAAAGGGAGAACUCCCGGAACCUUGCCCUGGGUUUGGGGCUCAAGGACCAAAGUGAGAGAUCCCGGCUGCACGAGGUGGUGACAACGCUCCCGGGCCAGGUUGUUGGUGAUGGGACUCCACCCACCCGCCGGCGGCAGUUCCGGGACCUGGCGUCGGAAAAGCCGCACAGCUGCGGCCAGUGCGGCAAGCGCUUCCGCUGGGGCUCCGACCUGGCGCGCCACCAGCGCACACACACGGGCGAGAAGCCGCACAAGUGCCAGGAGUGUGACAAGAGCUUCCGCAGCUCCUCGGACCUGGUGCGCCACCAGGGCGUGCACACGGGCCAGAAGCCCUUCUCCUGCUCCGAAUGCGGCAAGAGCUUCAGCCGCAGCGCCUACCUGGCGGACCACCAGCGCAUCCACACGGGCGAGAAGCCCUUCGGCUGCAGUGACUGCGGCAAGAGCUUCUCGCUGCGCUCCUACCUGCUGGACCACCGGCGCGUGCACACGGGUGAGCGGCCCUUCGGCUGUGGCGAGUGUGACAAGAGCUUCAAGCAGCGCGCCCACCUCAUUGCCCACCAGAGCCUGCACGCCAAGAUGGCCCAGCCCGUGGGGUGAGGGCUGGUGGGGCCUGGCUGCAGUGGGGCAUCUGUCUGAAUCCACCAUCCCGCUGCUGGUGGGACUGCAGGGCACUUCAUACUCCUCAGAACUGCCUGCCCUGCCCACUCGGAACCUGGCUCACACCCCCAAGGAAGAGAAAUCCCCUGUGGCCUGGUCACCGUGCCCCUUUCUGCUCCAGGAUUUUUCCUCUUCCAUGGUUUCCUGGAGCCCCAGCACAUUCCAGGCCGGUGGAUAGAGCAUGGGGGAGAGUCUGGAGCAUCAGGAAAGUAUGAGGACUUGGGCAGGGCCCAGGGUCCCCAUCCCAGAACCCCCCUCAGCCUUGCUUGGCCCUGGAGCUCUGUUCCCUGCCUUCUCAGCUGGGUCCAUGGGCUGGGCCUUUUGUCUGGCCAACAUGUGCCUUCCUGCGGGGCUGGAGCCUAAGCCUCAGGGUGCUGCUGGGCUCUGGGAGGGACAGUCAGCCCACACCUGUGAGGAUUUGGGUCUUGGGUGUGGCCACAGGGGCUUUCUGGCCUCCACCCCUUCCCAUUUCCAGGCAUUGACCACUCUGCCCUGUCCCAGUGGCAUGGAAGCUGUCUGCCUCUGCUCUUAGGUGACUUGCCCCUCCCUUCCUGCUAUAAGUUCCUGAGAGUCACCCCCGACCUGUCUGGGGAGGGUGGUGUUGGCUCCAGGGACAGAAGACCAACAGUGCAGACCCAGAACAGGGCCGGGUGGGGGCCUGCUGCUUCCUGAUGCUCCCCUCUUCCCCAGAGUCAUGGGGUUCAUGGUACUUAACACUAGCACUCUUAUCAGCCUGACAUUGUCACUGUCACUGACUGCCGUCAUGCUGCAUUCCAUGCAGAUGGGCAUUCACAGGGACAGACCACAGGCCCUCCCAAGGAGCUGGCCCAGCUGACCUCAAAUGGGCAGCAGAAAGGUUUGAAUAAAGAUGAAAACUUCCUCCAGGCUGUUCUUGCUCUUUAGGUGGCU